AUGGCAAUGACGAACGGUCCAUUCAUCGGCUAUCAUAGGCCUCAAGACCUUGACAAGUUCAGAUCUCACGCUAUCAUGUUUGAGUGCAACCUUGGACAAAAUGAGGUCUUUCUGAAUGUGAACUACGAUCCUCAGUCUGUCGAAGUUGGCGAGAUGGAACGCCUUGUCGAUUACUUCGAAAGCGCUCUUGACUUCCUGGCAUCUUCCGAAUACCAAGUCCUGGAUGAUUUCUUCCGCAAUCCCAUUGCACAGGAUCUGUUCGAUAUCGGGGAGUGGAACAGUCUUACGCCUCAAACGGUCGAUACUUGCGUUCACGCAGUCUUCGAAGAACACGUGCUCACCCAACCUGACGCUCAAGCCGUUUUCGCAUGGGAUGGCUCUCUGACCUACUCCCAACUCGACACAAUGGCAUCUCAGCUUGCUCGAGUCUUGAUGGAACUGGGUGUUGGGCCGGAAAAGAUGGUACCCUAUUGCUUCGAAAAGUCGAUGUAUACCAUCGUUUCGAUGCUUGCCAUUCUCAAAGCUGGAGGCGCGAUGGUCCCUCUUGACCCUGCGCAUCCACAAGACCGCAAAGCGUUCAUUGUCCAUAACACGAUGGCAAACGUGGUUGUUGCUUCUGGUAGCAAUGCAUAUGCAUUCUCUAAACUGGAUGUUCACACUGUAGCUGUUGACUCGAACUUCUUUGCCGAGGUUGAGGAAUUUGGAGUUACCACCUUUUCCAAUCACGAGGUUCAACCAUGCAAUGCCGCAACUGUCAUCUUUACAUCUGGCAGCACCGGACAGCCCAAGGGUGUCAUUCAAGAACACAAGACCUUGUGUUCAGCGGCCAAAGCUCAUUCUAGCGGAAUGCACAUGUCCAAAAGCUCAAGGAUCCUACAAUUCUCUGCUCAUGUCUUUGACGUCAGCAUCAUUGAGAUUGUCAACUCAUUCGUUCUUGGAGCUUGCAUAUGUGUGCCGUCUGAUGAAGAGAGGAUGAACGACCUUGCCGGGUUUAUCUCGAGGUCUCAAGCGAAUUGGGCCUUCUUCACUCCGUCCUUCGCACGAACUCUCGAGCCGAAAGAUCUCCCCAGCAUCAAGACUAUUUGCAUGGGUGGAGAGGCAAUAACCAUGGAUUGCAUCGAGACGUGGUCUGGGAUUGUGCAGCUCAUCAAUGCUUACGGACCUUGCGAAGGCAGUGUCUGUACCACCGCUGAUAUCAGUAGUGGCAGGUUCAAGACGGAUUCUAUUGGUCAUGGAGCCAACACUCUCACCUGGAUCGUCGAUCCAGGCAAUCAUGACAUCCUGACGCCAAUCGGCACUGUCGGUGAGCUUUUGAUCGAAGGGCCGAGUAUUGCUCGUGGAUAUCUCGGCGAUCCAGACAAGACAGCCAAGUCAUUCAUCACGAAUCCGGCUUGGACCACCCAGUUCGAGACUGGCAUUGCUGCCAGAAGGAUGUACAAGACAGGGGAUCUUGGAGUGCUGAAUUCAGAUGGCUCAAUAUCGUAUUUUGGACGGAAAGACGCACAACUAAAACUGCGUGGACAAAGAGUUGAGCCUGGAGAGGUGGAACAUCAACUCACACAGCUGUUACCGCCAGGCUCCAUUGUAGCUGUUGACGUCCUCGUCCUCUCUGGGUCUUCAAACAAGUCGCUCGUUGCCUUCAUUCAGCUGGAAAAUCAUGGGUUCGGCUUUGCGGAGAAGAGAGACAUCAUCGAGGGGAUUUCUGGUCGCUUGACGCAGCAGCUGGCUUCCGUGCUUCCUGCCUACAUGGUUCCCUCGCACUUGAUCCCAGUUGAGGUCAUUCCUUUCACAAGGACUGGGAAGCUUGAUCGGCGCACAUUGAAUGAAUAUGCUUCGACUUUGUGCAUAGCAGAGAAUUCAGAACGCGGCAUUGUGGAGGAAGACACCGACAUGCUAGUGGCUAGCGAGCACAUUGCUCUGAGUAUCAGCAACAAGCUUGCCGAGCUUCUAUCGGUUGGGGAUUCUCGGAGAGCAGAAACUUUGCGUGGCCAUAACUUCAACCCCUACUACGCUGGGAUGGACUCUAUCCAGGUCAUUUCACUGUCAACAUUCGUUCGGAAAACCUACAAUGUCAGCAUCCCGAUUCAAAAGUACAUGAAUAGCGCGGCGACCAUCAGGGACAUUGCUCAAUUGGUCCUUGAAGAUCAGCAAGGGUCGCAUGAUGACAACAUCAUUGACUUGAUGCAUGAUAUUGAAGUUCACGAUCAAUCACUCGCAGCCUCGCCGUUGCUAAGAUCACAUGCAGAGAUUAGGACUAUGCAAACCCCCAAAAUCAUCCUCUUAACAGGAGCCACCGGAUUUCUCGGGAACCAACUGCUGGCUCAGAUCUUGCAACGGCCGCAGACUCAAAAGGCCGUGGUGUUGGUCAGAGGUCAAGACUCAGCCCACGCUACCGAGCGACUCUUGUCUCUUGCUCGUGGCAGCGGUUGGUGGGAAGAAGAGUAUGUCAAUCGCAUCGAAGUCUGGCAUGGCGAUUUGUCUCUCCCACAUCUCGGUCUUUCAGACGCGCUAUGGUCCCGACUCGAUGGCACAAGCGUCAGUGGUGACUUGAUUGAUGCGGUCGUCCACAAUGGGGCAGUUGUCAACUGGAUGGCCGACUUUCGGGCGCUGACACCAGCCAAUAUUCUUUCGACGGUCAACAUUCUGACAGCUUUGACAAAAGCAAUAGCAUCUCGUCCAGUUUGCCUAACUUACGUAUCAGGCGGUCACUUGUCCACUUCUCCCGACGAUGUCGGAGAAAUCGCUACGGAGCUGAAGUCGUAUCCGGCCUACAGUCAGACCAAAUUUGUCGCCGAGAUCUUGGUCGCACGAUACGCUGAACGACUGAUCAAUGCUGGCUUCGGCUGUUUGGCCACGAUAGUUAAACCUGGCUUGAUCAUGGGCAGCUCCUCCGACGGCAUCUCCAACACGGACGAUUUCCUUUGGCGGCUGACAGCCAGUGCAUUGGACAUUGGGAUGUUCAAUGAUAGCGAACGCGACCUCUGGCUCGCUGCUGCAGGCGUUGAUCUCGUAGCCAACACAGUUCUUGACAGCUGUUUUAACCCUCAAAACAAUGGAAAUUAUCAUGUUGUUAAGAAGGUCUUGAACGGUCUCACUAUGGGAGAAUACUGGGAUAUCGUCAAACAGGAAACGGGCCACGUAAUGGAGCCGACGGACUCCAAACGGUGGUUGAGGAGCUUGCACGAAGAGGUUAACGCAAAAGGGCCAAGCCACAGGUUGUGGCCGGUUCUUCAUUUUGUUGAAGACACCGGCGGCAAACUCGGUCAGCCCCCAGGGACAAUGACGCUUGACGACCAGCUGAACCAUCAGGUCUCGGUAAAUCCCGAGGCCAAUGGUGUUCUCAAGAACGCCGACAACGCCAGUCUGGAACCAAACAUCGAGCGAUCAGAAGCGUUUAGGAUAUGGUGA